UAUAUCUACCAUUGAGAGAGGAAAGGAAUCAUGAAGACUCUAAUCUCAUUCUUCUGUCUAGUGACUUACCUGACCUGUGCUUUGAGUGCUAAUGGCUGGCCAAUCUCCCUUGACAUGGCUUGUAAUGAAGCUCUUUCUGCAGUUGCUUGCUCUUUUGAGUUCACUAACAAUGGGAAUGAGGAUCUUUAUCUACUGAAACGUAACACUCCCCUUGAAGGACUCAACUCUCCAUUCAUUUCUGUCUAUCUUGAUGGUCGUCCACUGAAGUAUAAAGGUAUUUACGCUUUUUAUCUUUCUCCUACAAAGGACGAGUUUGUUCUCUUGAAGGCAGGGGAAAGCAUGUCAGUGUCAGUCCAAGUCACUGAUGCCUUUAACAUUGAUGCUGAUGGUCUUUACACUGUACAAUACAGUAGACCUGUACAGUAUCUGUCAGUGAAAGAGAUGAGUCGAAUGUCUAUUGAAAAGCUUAAGGAAUCGUUUGUACAUAAAUCUGUUCAAAUUCGCCUGCAAGAUACUCGUCUUCUAUUUAAACCAACUAGCUCGCAAGAAAAAGGUAAGAGUGAACCAAAAGUUUACACACAAACCUGCACCUCAAGUGCCAAGUUUAUCAACGGGGAUAGGAAGAAUAGUGAGACACUUGAAGCACACAAGAAGAUAUGCACUACUGGUGCCUUCAAAGCAAUUUCCCAUGUAUCUGAGAACAGUGACUAUGACACAUGGUUCAGUACAUACAGCAGUGAGAAUGGUGAAACAGUGAAGGGGAUUCUUGAUCGACUACAAACAGUUCUCGAAAGGAAGGAGGUAGAAUAUGUCAAUGAUGGCCCAUUAUGUAAAUCUAAUAUGCUUGCAUAUUCAGAUGAAACUGGCAUUUCAUCUGGAGUGUUCUUUUGUGACAGUUACUAUGAUUUACCAGUCAAAUGCGAUGGUACUAAAGUUACUAAGGAACUAGUACUGGUAUCUUUUAAUAUUAAUGCCUUAUUUGGUAGGUAUAAAUGCUAUCGAUUGAAGUUUGACGCGCCAAUGGAUCCAGAAGAAGCUAAAAAGUUGGCUCUUUAUAAUCCACUCCUCUCAACAUAUGGUUGUGAUAAUUUGGCUUUCUUUUACUGUGCAAGCCAGUAACCUGCUACUACAAAGACAGAUUGCAGUCCAAGGACUUUAGAAUAAUAAUUAACUCAUGCAGCACUAUAGGACAUGCACAAUUUACAAUUUAAUACAUUCAGCAUCUUAGUUUUUGCUCACAUUUUUCAUUAUAAAUUUAUA